GCGCGUAUUCUUACAUCUGUUUGUAACCAACGACAUUCCCAUAUGAUGUGUCAAAUUGACACACUGGUUAACAUGCGUCUUUGUGUUUAUCUAACCGUAAACUAAUAUAAAUAUCUUAACAAGUAUGGGCGACAAUUAUUUUCAUUUAAAUCUACGUGAAAAUCCCUCCGUAAAUUCAUGUAUUUCGACACUAAAAUAUAAUACAACGAUAAUAACAGAUGUUUAUGCAGGCAUUCCUGAAAAUUUAUUGCUAAAUUUUAUUGGAUUUUUGUUCCUUUUUAUAUUGUUUGGUUUAUUACGCAAGAAAGCCUGGAAUUAUGGACGUCUUGCAUUAUUGAACAAAACAGAUGAUAGAUGGAUGGAAAUAUUUUACGCGGACAACGAGGCUAGAGAUACAGAUGCAAUAUGCAUAGAAUCUUCUGUUAAUUCGGAACUUUCACAAGUUGAUGGAGGCUUUCUAUCAUGGGUUGUCACUGCAUUCAAAGUUACGGAUGAUGAAUUACUAAAACGGGCUGGACCUGAUGGUUUAUUAUAUAUAUCAUUUGAACGUCAUUUAAUCAUCUUAACAGGCUUAAUGGUUGUUGUAUCCUUAUGCAUAGCUUUACCAAUUAAUUUCCAUGGAAGUAUGCAAGGAGAUGAUGCAACAUUUGGCCAUACAACAUUGUCAAACUUAGAUCCAAUGUCUACAUGGAUUUGGGUGCAUACAAUGUUAAUCUUAUCUUAUCUACCAGUUGGAAGUUAUGUUAUGAGACAUUUUUUAAAAAAGGUGCAGAACGCGAAACACGGUGGUGAAUUGGCAGCUAGAACAUUAUUAAUUACUGAAAUACCAGAGCAUCAGUGUAAAGUUCAGACCCUUAUCGAAUAUUUCAAAGAAGCGUUUCCUACUUUAACAGUGGAAGACGUUACGUUAGCUUAUGAUAUUAGACGACUUUCAGCAUUAGACAUGAAAAAGGAUUGUGUUGAGCAAGCUCGUUUAUACUGCGAAAACUAUGCAAGAAAAAGAGAACCUUUAAAAAUGUAUCCAUAUCCGUGUGGCCAAGUGAUAGGUUGUUGUUGUAAAUAUAAAAUCGAUGCCUAUGAAUUUUACAUGAACGAAGAAAUGCGAUUGACUGCGUUAGUCGAAGAAGAAAAAAGGGUCGCACUAACUAGGCCUCUAGGAGUAGCUUUUGUGACUUUAGGUACAUCUGGAGAAGCUAGAACAAUGCGAAAACAACUAAAUUCGUCGCCAAGCAUGAAAUGGGUUGUUAAUUACGCACCGACACCAUCCGAUAUUUUUUGGGAAAACCUAAGCAUACCAAGACCGUGUUGGUAUUUAAAUGCUGUUUUGAUCAAUUUUGCUUUGGGCAUCAUAUUGUUUUUUCUUACUACACCAUUUGUAAUACUAUCCGCUUUAAACAACCUACCGAUCACAGAUAAAAUUAAGAAUUUUAGUCCAAUAGUUUCGUCUUUUUUUCCAACUGUAAUAUUAGUCAGCGUGGCUGCUUUAAUGCCUGUAUUAGUAGCAAGAAGUGAAUCGUUAGUUAGACAUUGGACUAGAAGCGGCCUAAAUCGGGCAGUAAUGACAAAAACAUUGCUGCUUUUACUACUGAUGGUCCUCAUAUUACCUAGUUUAGGCCUAACCAGUGCCAAGGCAUUUUUCGAGCGGACUGUGAAUCCAGCGAAUAACACAAUAAACUGGGAGUGUGUAUUUUUACCUGAUCAGGGCGCUCUGUUUGUAAAUUAUGUUAUUACCGCAGCCUUGCUUGGAAGUGGCUUGGAGCUCGUCAGAUUUCCUGAACUCGCGUUGUAUACCUUCAGAUUAUGUAUAGCUCGUAGUAAGGCGGAAAGAAUACAUAUUAGAAAAGCAGUAUUAUGGGAAUUUCCACUAGGUGCUCAUUAUGCCUGGUUACUCUUAGUUUUUACUAUGACAACAGUGUACAGCUUAGCUUGUCCGUUGAUUACACCUUUUGGGUUGCUAUAUCUUAUAGUAAAACAUCUGGUGGACAGACACAAUCUAUGUUUCGCAUACGGACCAAGCGUGGGGGGUGGUCAGUUAGCAGGAGCAGCGGCUAAUGCUACCGGAGUCGCACCGAUUUUGGCUCAAGCCGCGUUAUUGGCUUUAGGUUUAGUACGAGGAGGCUUGUCGCCCUUGGCUGCUGUACAACUUACUGGUCUUGCCGCAAGCAUUUUAGGUCUUGUCACCGGAGCUACCUUACCCAGAUCAAAGUCUAAGACACAAAUGUUGAAAAGAGAUCUAUCGUCUGGUCAAAAUUUUGUUGCGCCCGUGUUACGAAAGGAACAACAGACUCCUAUAGAAGAAAUCCCGUCUACCGCAUCGAAUUCUGAUCUCAAUCUCAUAAUAAGUAACAGUACUUCUACGGUCCAAGAGAGUCCAAAACUUUAUCAAGAUUAUGGUAAAGAAUCGCAAGCGUAAAUUUCAUUUACAACAGUCAAAGCGUCUAACACAUAUAUUAAACGCAAUUUAAUUGAGAUGUUGAACGCGCAAGUGGUGCACUAACGAAUAAUUCAGUGCAAACGCAAUGAAACAUUUUAAACGCUGUGACUGAUUAUUAAAAUUCCAUAUAUCGCAAUAUCGUACAAGUAACUACGAUAAAACUAGUCAUUUGUGAAUAUAAUCCAACUUAUUCAUAAAGCAUCAAGAUUUCUCAACGCGGAAGUUUUAAAGUCAGCAUAAGUAACGUAAUGUUUCACUUAUAAAAGCAUUGAAAUUAAAUAAUCAGGCGUCAAAAAGGAAAUUUGAUAAUAUUGAAUUUGUACUUAUAUUAUCGAAAUGUAAAAAUAAAGUAUUAUCCAAAUAAUAAUAAUAACAACAACAACAAUAAUAAUAAUCGAUAUUAUUAUUUA